AAAAUUCUGAACACAAAAAAAAAAAAAAAAAAUUAAAAAACUGAACUUUUCAGAAAUCAACCUUCUAACCUUGCAUUUUACGUCCAGGAAACCACCUUUAUUUGAAAAAAAAAUCAUGAUUUCCCAUUAUCUUCAAUCCCCAAAAAGCAGUUUUUCCCCUCCUUUUUUGUAAUUCCCGGUGAUAUUUUGCGUCGUGGUGGUUGUUGCUAACGUGCGCCGGGUGCUGAGAUUAGAGAAACUUGGUGUCAGGUCGGUCGGGUCGGGCCAAGUUAGAAACUCUAAGGGUGGGACAUUAUUUUUGUCUAGAAAUUAUCUGAGCCGUACACGUAGAGGUUCUGGAUUGUUUGAGCCGUUUAAUGGAGGGAGAAACAAUGGGUGUGGGACCCAGGAAGAUGAAUUGGGGUACGUGGGAAGAGCUUAUACUCGGUGGUGCUGUUCGCCGACAUGGGACGAAAGAUUGGAACGUCGUCGCAUCGGAGCUCCGUGCCCGGACUGUAUAUCCUUAUUGCUUUACCCCCGAGGCCUGCAGGACCAGGUACGAGGACUUACGUAAGCGCUACUCUGGCUGCAAUGCUUGGUUUGAAGAGUUACGAAAGCGACGAGUUGAAGAGCUGAAGCGGGAAUUGGAGAGAUCUGAAAGCUCCAUUGGGUUUCUUGAGUCAAAGAUUGAAAGCCUAAAGGCUGAGAGGGAACAAUCUGGUCAGUUAGACUAUGGACUGAGUCGCACUGAAUCUCCUGCUCCUCCGACAAAAUCAGAAGAUAUUGAGUCUUUUGUGAAAGAUGAAGCAAAAGAUGGGCUGUCUGCUGGCAGCUUCACACUUGAUAUUAGAACAAACCAGUCCCCUGAGUCUCAGGUUCCCACCAUACCCUCAACAGAUGUGAAGCUAGAACGUUCAGAGUCUUGUGAACGGGACAAAGUUCCAAGUACAAGCAAGGUGACAGAGGUUUCCAAUGGAAAUGGAGGGGCUGUAAGGAAGAGAAGAGGUAAGAGGAGAAGAAAAGAUACCGUUUGGGAUGCCAAAGAAGGGAGCAUUGAGGAGAGUGACAAUGUAUGUUCUACCAGUCUCGCCUCCACUUCUCACUGUAAAGAAGCAUUAACCAGUUGUGAACAAAGUAUUAGGCAUUCAGCAGUAAGUGAUCAUAGAGGAGGUUUAUCUAGGUUUAGGAACGAUGACCUGAUGAGGAUUUUCACCUCUAUUACACAGCAUGAAGCUGCUAUGGUCUUCAGGCAUCGUCUUGAUAGUCAGAAGAGAGCAAGAUACAAGAAAAUGAUAAGGCGACAUAUAGAUAUCGAGACAGUAAAAUCAAGACUGGCGAGUUGGUCAAUCAAAACACCAGGUGAACUCUUCAGAGAUUUCCUUCUGCUAGCCAAUAAUGCCAUGGUAUUUUACUCGAAGAGGACGAGGGAAUACAAAGCAGCAAUGGCUUUAAGAGACAUUGUCACUAGAGCAUAUCGACAGCAUUACAAAAGCUCUUACUACAAAGCUACAUCUUCCCUCCUGCCCUUUCCAACGAUUGGUAAUCCACCUGGGAAGCCACGAAGUGUUCGCCCUCGCCCUUCUAAAGACAAACUUCAAGCCAAGUAUGGCAAUAAUAUGAAAGACAUUAUUGCUGGAAAAGUAGGAAGACAGAAUCAUAGACCAGGUGAUGCUGAUUCUAAGGUACCAUUGCAAUCUUUGUUAUCAGCUAAGAAGGGCUUCAAGAGGCCUGAAAAAAUCAAGCGUGGACCGAUUAUCGAGUCUGUUAAUGUACAAACUAAAGUACAAGCUAAGGAAUCCACACAACAUAAUAUUAAGGUUAAAGAGGACCAUCGAAUUAAGCCUGUAACCAAAGAAAGGAAAAGGGCUCGGCAAAAGUGAUUUGUAGUUUCCAUAAUCUUUAGUUACUUUAUCCACUCUCUUUUUUUUUUCCCUUCAUUUUUUCAUCUUUCUAUUUUCUGUGGCCAUUUUGCGACUAGGCCUCAUCUUGAAAGAGGAGAAAUGCAGGUGUAAUACUAAUAAAGGUGUGAUUAUCAGCUUCAAAUUAGUUUCCAUGUAAGUAUUACCCAUAAAUGAUAAAUGUGUAAUCUCCCAAAA